AACGGCUUCGACUGGGCCUAGAAAAAAUUGGGCGUACAUAUCGUCGUAACUGUCCGACUUCCGCAUGCUUACUUGCGAAAUACCUUUGUCAUCAAGGGAGAGCCCCCCAAAGGAGACCCCGACUGCAGCGAUUAUACGCGUCUUCGGGCUUUUAUAGAUAUACGAACGACUCGGAAAUUGAGAAAGAUAAUUUGUAAUAUAAACAAAGCCACAAGAAAGUCCGGUGCCGCGCAAACACGAGGAUUAGACAAAUCCACGCAGUCUACCCUAACCGUCAUUCUCACCAUAUAGCUGAACGAUCGACCGCAGCGCCAAAAAAAUUCCCUCUAUGCUGUUUUUUUUUCUUUCUUUUUUUAUGAACACUCAGCGGUGCGUCCAGCAGCAAUCCUUUAGCGGCCAGAACCUGCGGCCGCCACGCAAUAUGUGCACGGCUUACGCGACAAGGCGGCAGGGUAUCGGAUUGUGGCCGCGCAGCUGCCGGGCGUCGCAACCGUCGCUGCUGCUGCUGCCGCGUAGGGCCAGGGCCAGCUGUUUGCGCCGUGCCGGAGCCGGGACAUCUUAUUUAUCGCGAACGCUGCGCCGCCGCCGCCUCCGUCGAGGCCUCGCGAUUGUGACGGCUGCGCAGCAGCGUGCGGCGCGACUGCUGCACUAUACGUAUAUACGCGGCCGUGUGUGUGCAUGUGUGUGUUUGCAUGCGUGUUUGUGUGUGGGUAUGCGAGGCCGCCGGCUAUGCCAAGUUGAUCUGUUACUGUGCGCGCCCCCUUUGCUUCCACCGCUCGGCGCACGAGAGCGUGCAUGCGGACACAGGCUCGUGUCCACUGUCGGAACCACUGCGCCGACCGAAGACAUCUCUCUGGGAUUACUGUACAGGAGUCUUGUCCGACGAAUCGAGUAGACGGCCGGUCAGAGGAUACCAUGGCCCGACGCAGCUCGGCGGAAACCAAUCCCGUGUACUUCAUCAACGGCGGCAGAAUGGGGCUCGAGAACGAGGAGCGACUGCUGCUGUUAGACCCGGGCACGGCCAGCGGUACAAGGCCCAGGCGCACCACUUACGGUGCCAAUUACAACACCACCGCCAUGACAGCCGCCGGCGCUGCGUCCUCGUCAGCGACCACUGACAACGUCAACACCGUGGGGCCCGGAUGCAAGGACAAUGACAGGUGGCCGCGACCAAAGAAGGUCUCUUACUGGAAACUGUUUCGCUAUGCCACGGCGCAAGACAUUGUCCUGCUGUUCCUGGGCACGGUCUUCGCAAUCAUCCAUGGUGCCGGCUGGCCACUGCUGGCUAUUGUGUUUGGUCACAUGACAAAUGCCUUCAUCCACCAGCAGCAGGCGGGCUUCUACGAUGGUGAAAGCUCAAACUUGACCACGCUGCCGCCUCCUCAGACCUUUGGGGAAGCAAUACGGCGAAGUGGGGCACAGUCCAUGUUUGACCCUGUAACUAUCCUGGAGUACAACAUCAUCAUGAACAAGUUUGCACUCACUUAUGUCAUCAUUGCUGCUGUGGUCUUCGUGUCUUCAUUUGUACACGUGUGGUGUUGGACCAGAGCCUGUGAUCGUCAGCUGUACAGGCUGCGGCAAGAGCUGUUCUACUCGCUCCUACGACAGGAUGCAGCCUGGUUUGACCGGCACCGUGUCACUGAAGUUGCGUCAAGAAUGAAUGAUGACAUGGAACGUCUGCGUGAGGGAAUGGGUGACAAAAUGGGCCUCUUCAUCCACUACCUGUCCACCUUUGCAUCUGGCUUUGCCACAGGGUUUGUUGAGAGCUGGGAGCUCACCCUGGUCAUCAUGUCGGUCACACCACUGCUUGCCUUUGCCUCAGCAUUCCUGGGCAAUAUGGUGUCCCAAUCAGCUGCCAAGGAGCAAGAAAAGUAUGCACAGGCUGGGGCAGUGGCCCUGGAAGUUCUAAGCAAGAUACGAACUGUGGCUGCCUUCUGUUCUCAAUAUGGCGAGCUGCAGCGGUACAUGACUGCUCUAGAAGCGGGCAAGACUGCUGCAAGGCGCAAGUACAUAGCCAUGGCAUUUGGAUUUGGUCUGACGUUUGUGGUCCUCUACGGUGCCUAUGCACUUGCUUUUUGGUACAGCUCGGUUUUAGUAGCAGCAUCCAGGCUGGAUCCCGGCAGGGCGUUCAUUGUAUUCUUCGCAGUCAUGGUGGGCUCGUUCUCGCUGGGAAAUGCUCUGCCGCAGCUCAACAGCAUCGCUGUGGCACAGAUGGCGGCUGGCCGUGUCUUUGAAGUGAUUGACCGAAGGCCUGAUAUCGACUCAUACUCUGAACUUGGUGUGCAGCUAAAACAGUUCACCUCUAACCUCUCUUUUAAGGACAUCAGCUUUUUUUAUCCAAGAUGCCCAGGUCACAUGGUCUUGCGAGACGUGAGCCUGGAAGCCAGCGAAGGUCAAGUCGUGGCCAUCUGUGGGACAAGUGGCUCGGGGAAGAGCACACUACUCAACCUGGUUGUGCGUUUCUAUGACCCCUGUUAUGGCGAGAUUACUCUGGACGGCGUGAACUUGAGGUCCCUGAGUGUGCGGUGGCUGCGUUCCGAAGUUAGCCUUGUGAGCGAGCGGACGACUUUGUUCAACUACUCCAUUGCUGAGAACAUCCAGUUUGGCCAGGAGGACACCACAAUGCCUGAAGUUGUGGAGGCAGCCAAGCUAGUUGGCAUGCACGAGUUCAUCAUUAGCCUUCCUAAGGGUUACGAGACAGAGAUAGGUGAGCAGGGCUGCCAACUGAGUGAGGGGCAACGCCAGCGGUUGGCUAUUGCUCGAGCAAUGGUCAAGACCCCCCGGAUACUGCUUCUGGACAACGCAACUGGUGCGUUGGAUGCGGCCUCUGAAACACACCUUCUGCGCACCCUUGCGAAGGGCAGUCCUCGGCGCACAACGAUGGUGGUAACACAGCGGCUGUCGACCUUGCGAGAGGCAGACAUGGUGUAUGUGAUGGACGAGGGCCACAUUGUGGAGCAGGGCAAACAUGAGGACCUGGUGGCGAAGAAAGGGUUUUACUUCCAGCUCAUGCUCAGCCAGCUCACAGAGAGUGAAGAUACUGAGGCUCCGGCACCUCCACCCGAGUCCUGUCGUCCUGCCUCAAGACAGGACGAAGAUGACGAAGAGGAACAGCUGCGAAGACGCAGGAAGGCAUUGCUCUUGGAAAGCAUCUCGCCAUUUGAUCGCGAGUGCAGUCGUCUCGCUGACGACAUCAUCAAGGAGGAUGUUGAACUUCCAUCUGCCCGCAAGAUUUUGCAAAAGGCCCGGCCUGACUGUGGCUGGUUCUUUCUGGUCUCACUGGCUUCUCUUGUGGUUGGAGCAUCCCUGCCUGUCUUUGCAGUAUUCUACAGCGAAAUAUUCAAUACGUUCACCCUGGUUGGGCAAGAGAUGCAAGAUGCUGCUUUCUUCUGGUCCAUGAUGUUCCUGGUCCUGGCAGCUGCUAGUGGUCUGGGGCACUUCUUCAGGACGCUGGGUGUAGGCAUUGCUGGGGAGAACCUGACAUUCCGCCUGCGGGUUGCUUUGUUGGCCAACAUUCUGCGGCAACACAUGGGCUGGUUUGAUGACGACUCCCACUCCUCGGCCAAACUGGCCUCUCGGCUAGCGAGUGACGUUCCUGUUGUUAAAACCGCAGCAGGCUACCGCUUGGCAGUAAUGUUCACAGCGCUCGUCACGCUUGGAACGAGCUUGGCCCUGGCCUUUGCUUUUGGCUGGAAACUGGCCCUGGCCCUGGUGGCCAUUGUGCCCAUCCUGGCCUUGGCCGGUGGCCUGCAGCUGCGUGUUGAAAAGGCCUCCCAGCGUCGCGAUGCACACCUCAUGGCUCAUGCUGUUCAAGUGACCACAGAGAGUAUAGAGAAUAUCAGGGCUGUUCAAGAGUUAAACCUGGAACCCACCUUUUUUGGCCUGUUCGUCAGCCACCUACUUGUGCCACUUAUAGAAUCGAAAAAGCGGAGCAUCCUGUUUGCACUCUCCUUCGCCUUCUCCCAAGGUGUGAUGUUCCUAGUGUACGGCUGUGCUUUUCGUCUGGGUGCCUUCCUGGUUACAAGGGGGGAGAUGGAAGCCACCAAUGUUUACAGGGUGUUCUUCACGAUGGCAUUCAGCGCGGUGUCUGUGGGCCAGUGGACUUCCAUGCUGCCCGACUAUCUCCGGGCCAGGCUGUCGGCUGGCCUAGUCUUCAACCUACUCGAAGCGGAGACUGAAAUCGAUGGUUACUCCGAUGGUGGCAUGCGGCCUGAGGUGAGCAGCCGAGUGUCCCUCAAGGGGGUCACCUUUGCCUACCCAAGCCGUCCGCAAGUCACAGUGCUCCAGGGGCUUGACCUUGAGCUAAGCCCUGGCGAGAUGGUGGCACUGGUAGGCGCCAGUGGCUGUGGCAAGUCCACCGUGGUCGACAUUCUUCUGCGUUUCUACGACCCCCAGUGUGGGCAAGUGUACUUGGAUGGGGUGGAUGUACGUGCAGUCAACGUAGGAUACCUGCGGCAAUGCAUAGUGGCCUGCGAGCCACGGCUGUCCCUAAUGGACCGCACCCUCGGGGAGAAUGUGGUGUAUGGCCUUGACCCCUCCUCUGGGGUGCCCAGCCAGGAGGAGCUAGAGGAGGCAGCCCGCAUGGCACGUUUGCACGAUUUCGUCAGCCAACUGCCCUUGGGCUACGACACACCCCUGUGUAACUCUGCCAUGACACAGCUGUCAGAAGGACAGAAACAGCGAGUUGCGCUUGCACGGGCACUUGUGCGCAAGCCCCCCAUUUUGGUCUUGGAUGAGGCUACGUCCGCCUUGGAUGCUGAUGCUGAACAGGCUGUCUUGGAAGCAGUAAAAAAUAACCUGGGGGAUCGUGCCUGCAUCUUCGUGAGUCACCGCCUGUCUGCCAUCAAGGUGGCGGACCGCAUCGCAGUCAUGGACCAUGGUACUAUCAUGGAGCAGGGAACGCACGUGCAGCUUAUGCAGAUGCAGGGCGUGUAUCACAGGCUCGUAGAGAAAAGCCUAAUUUUAGCGUGACACAGCAAAAAGCUUACACAUGCUAACAUAGAUUACGUGUUUGUCACAUCAACAGUCAUCGAUCAUCAUUAUUGUCUGUAAAGGAGGGGCACCAUAUUGCCAUUCGUAUUGCCACCAGAGGCCCUAUACGAAAGCUUGGCUCUUUACUGCGUUGCAUUUUCGGAGACAACCAAGACUUGUAGAAGCUCCAUGCUACUCACAGUUAUUCCCACCAUGCAAAUAUUGUGUUGUGCACUCCACUCAGUGACAGUCUAAGAAUUCCAUGUGAAUGCUGCCCUCAAAACCACUGCAACUGCCCUCCAUGCUGCUGCACUCCAUGCUGCUUCAUUCCAUGGGUUUCUCAGGAGAUGCUACAACAUCACAUAAAUGAGCAAACAUAAUUGGCUGGUGGAUUUACACAAAUUUCUUUAGUGUUGAACUGUACUGUAUUCGCCACCACAUUCUGUGGUUGUCACCCACUUAUACAUUUAAGGUUUCUGGUAAGGAGCUGGAGCUGGGGGCAUCACGUAGCAUGGAACUCUGUGGCAGAAUUUCUCUCACUGGGUCAUCUGUGCACCUUGGGAAAGGAGACACACAGCACCAUUGUAUGUUUGUUUCCGACUGGGGGAUGCACUUAACGCAACAUGGCUUCCGUUACAGACACAAAUGGCUUCAGCAUUCUAUGUGAUCAGAUGAACUUGUUCUCGGCCUAGUUGGUAUUUUCUGCGAGACACCAUUGCCACUAAAAGGAUGCACACAAAAACACAGGCACUAAAGAAAAGAAUCACGACGACAGGGCCACUGUCAUAAUUAUUUCCUUUCAUGUUUGUGUUCUUAUGCGCAUGCUUUUAGCAGCAACGAUGUCUCACUUCAUUGUAAUCGAUGGUCAGAGGCCUCCAAGCUGAAGAACCAGCCAGCUUUUAUAAGCAGAAUGUUACCUUAUGAAGCUGCAGUCUUGCAGGUUCUCAGACUUGCUGACUGUAUGGAGGGUGGCAAGGGCCUAACAGAACCUCAGUUAGAGUUGAUCGCUUUCUUAAGGUGGUUCGGAAGGAAGGCAUCAGUAAUGUAUGCAUAUCAGAAAGCUUGGCAACGUCUUCUACACUUAUGCACAGCACCUCCAGGACCUGCAGAAACAAAGACGAUGUAGGAGAGAAUUUACAGAUCAUGUAAUAAUGUGUGCAGAAAUAUGGUACGUUGAAAUGUGUCAUGACUUGCUUGUAAUUUCCGGAUAAUUCUUUCGCGUCUAUCAAAUCUUAGAGACUGUACUCGUGGUUUAAGGUCUUGUUGAUGUAACCCUACAUUGCAUGAUACCAUAGUGAUACCAUAGUCCAUGUUUCACGAAUGUUUUCAAUCGCAGGAAUUAGCAGUCUUAAGUGGGUUAAGAGACAAAAAUUAUGUAGGUACAAUGAAACCUCACUAAACCGUAGUUGGCCGGAGCUCAGAAAAAGUACAUACUAAAUGGUAGUACUCCUUAACCAAAAUAGUAUGAGAUCACCCACUCACCUGUCAAAAACGGAACUCGGAGAGACUGAGAUGAAAGUGCAGAAACAUGCAGUAUUUAUUCACUUUGCCCAACAAAAGUCUCUUAUUUUCGUUUGAUGCCGCAACGGCCUGGCAGCAACGGCAGCGGCCUACAACUUACUGAUGCUGCGAGCCAGCUUUUCAGCCAGCCCCCUCUUCUCGGCAAACACUCGCAUGGCAGAUUUCUCGUUGGCAUUGCAUAUUCUCCAUGCAAGGGCAUGGUGCGCUGCAGAAGUCACGGGGCGCCUGUUUCAUUGCAGGGUGUUGUUCUCGUCAUGACGAUUGCAUUCAUGAAGCUGGCAUAACGUGCAACUUCUGCCACUGUUGGGCCUGAAUCGCCCGUGCUGUUGAUUUCCAUGUCGUCCUCAUCACUGUCAUUAGGCAACCCUUUGGCAACAACAGAAGCAACGAUGGCAAAAAGUCAAACCUCGUAGCCGACAUCUGUUCGCGGUCGCAGCAGCACUGCCGAGCAACUUCUUCACAUUCCAAAUGCCACACACUGUAGUCAACGAUAGAUCCUUACCGUGUGCCAGCACCCACUUCUUCGUGCCACGUUCGACAGUACAAACAAUGUCCAAUUUUUCUUCUACACUGAGCACUCGGGUGUUUUUUAUCCGAGCUUCAGCAUGACGCGAGUCCUAGCUUACACAAUACCAACAACUCUCUGGCACGGCGCUGCAAUGAUGUUGAUGUUGAUGUAGCUUCAGAGGAUCGGAGGCCCUUGUUCUGAUCUCUGAGACUUAUUGUUCUGCAGGGAUGGGGACGACGUACCGCCAGGAUUGCAAAACGAAAAGUGGAAACACUAUGUGUUAACCAUUGCAUACGCAAUAAGCUGGUAUGGUUCGUGUGGAUACAAAACUUGUUAUGUUCAAUGGUCGCUGAGUCAGGGAUUUGACUUUACUACUUUUAAAACGAAGCUACUGUUUAAGUGGAUAUGGUUUAAUGAGGUUUUACUGUACAGCCUUUGUCUAAAGUAUAUCAGUGCCUUCAUCAUAUAUGUCAUUCAUGUGUGUGGUGCGGUUAUUGUGGUGCUUCUGACACUGCAGACCUCUCAAUGGUGAGUACAAAAGUUAUUUUCAUUCCCCAGGGAAUUGGAACUUAUGGUAUAUCACAGGAAUUUCCUUAACCAGCCUGUAGUAAGCCUGGCGGUUGCAAACUGCAGGCAACAUAGCCUGUAUAUUUUUGACAAAAACUGUACACAGUCACUCGCUCAGUGAUUCACCAUAUUCACAGUGGUACCAGAGGUGUAAAAUAAUUAUGUCUGGAUUAUAGUUUAUAACCAGACACUUUAUUUUCUUGCCUUGUGCUCGCGUUAUUCCUCCCAGAACAUAAGAUGACAGCUUCUGCAUGUUUCUCAAUCUGAUACCGGGACUGCUGCAUGACAAUAUGAUCACAUACGAUUCUCCAAAAACAAAUUACAGUGGGAUCGCAUGGAUACGAUCUCACGAAAAUCGGAAAAUAAAACGUAUCAUCCGGAAAUCGUAUUAUACAAAGCAACCUUCAAAAAACAUGAAAAUAGGCAUACUCAAUGACAUACUCAAUAGCAAAGGUUCGUGUGGCGUCAGUGAUACUGCUCCGCAUAAUACUGUAUGUUAUAUGGAGGGGCAUUGCUGAACGUCACACAACCCACAGCCAACGCACUUUUAUUCAGCAACGUUGAACUAGCUCAUCAGCUUGCAUUAAACUUUCUUCUUUUCGAUAUCCGUAACAAAGUUCUUCUGGAACUUAAAAAAAAGUAUCCGACUUUUCCACACUCAGCUGAACAGUGGCCGCACUGCCACAGCAGCAUUUUACCACUGGCAAUGUGACGUGUUUUUUCUCCAGUGUGGCCGGGGCUUAACGCAUUGUCGUUGGGUCAUUGGAAUGUUAUUUAAGCUAGUACACUGGAUUGUAAAGCUAUGAGAUUUAGAAAUACCAGUAAAAGCCCACAUCUGCAGUCGUAUUAUCCAAUUGCAGGUGGAAACGGGAUCGCAAUCAUUAUAAGAAAUAUAUAUUGCUCCUAUGGGACAUUGACCGGGAGAAAAAAAAAAGUAUUAUCCUGAAAAACGUAUUAGGCAGAAUCGUAUCGAUAAUAUUGCACUGUAUACAGCUAAACCUCAAUAUAACGGAGUCGGUAAAAAUUUUCAAUUUGCUUUGCUAUAUCAAAAUUUCGUUAUAUUGAAAUUUGACCUUUUUUGCAAAUAAGUAUAGUUGCUGAUAGACCUUUAAUGCACAGAAGGGGCUGCAAAAUUUUCUGAAUUAUCAGGCAAUUAGAAAAAGCAAGCUUGAAUGAGAAAAAAAAAUUUUGUUGAAGUUGAGAGCUGGCAACAAGAGAUAUAGUUUAAGGCUUUGUCGACGAUACCUUCACAUUGGCAGUGUGAAGCAAAGCCAGCCACACUUUUGCGUUCACUCUGCCCUCGGGGCUGGUAGUGACCCCAGCAGUGGGACCAUGCUAUCAUCCCAUCCAUCGUUUUGUUCACGCUGUUACCAUUUUGAAUGCAUACCAACUCGCCCACCUUUCCAGUUCAAUAUCAUUGAACUGGCAGUAUCAUUAUCAUAUCAAUAUCAUUAUCAUUAUCAACCAAUAUCAUUGAUUGCUGGCAGCGAAGAGCGAAUGCUUUUUCUGCCUCUCACUUCAAUGUGUCUGCAAAAGUCGAGAUUACGCAAACUCCACUAAUGAAUGUGCGGGAAGACAGCACACAUGAUACCACGCCAUCACAGCAUGCCCACUGUGGUUUGCACACACAGCAGAGAACCUCUAAAACAGAGCGCACAGAGCUGCUUAUAUGCUCAGCCACACUGACAGCCGUGUGGAGCCACGACCGUGCUAGAAAAAGAGACACAUGACAACUUGCCCCCCACUGCCCCCCACCCCUCCCCUCAUGUUGUGCUUGUACGCGUUACCAAGAGCUCGCUUGGCACUAUCUUUUUGAUCCCUUGCUCAUGCAGGAAGACAGUGCUCAUCAAGCCACCAUCCUUCUUAGCUCACCCUCGCGCACUUUUACCCACACCCAACGCAUACAGCAUGCAGGACAUGAUAUGCACUUAUCACACUUGGACUUUAUACGGAACAUGACACUGCUCCACUUCAGCGGUCACUCUUGGUUGCGCAGAGCAUAAUUUGAGAGGUGUGUUCGCAAGCAGCCGCUUGUAAUUCAACCAUUUGAUCAUCUACAUCAAUGAGAGUUUCCAUUUAUUGUCUUGAUUUUUGCAGCAGCAGAGAAAUUUUUUUAUAUUGAAAUCACGUAUAAACGCAUUUUGUGUGUUGAGUUUCUAAAUGCACAGUGUUAUAUGGACAAGAAGCUACAAAAAGUUAAAUGCUUUGUUAUAUGAAGAAUUUUGUUACUUGAAGUUCGUUAUGUCUAGGUUUAACUGUAACAGAAAAAAAAGUUAACAGCAAGAUAAGGCCAAGACGUUGCUGUACAGCAGGAGAAGCAUGUCAGAUGCUGACGCUUAAUGUCAGUGCUAAACCACACAUUUCCUGCAGUGCAGUGAAGUACAACUUGCAAGUGUUUUUGCAGUGGCAGUUUAGAAAAUGAAAGCAACAAUCUUGUGUCGCCCUAUGCCCUUAACACCUGUCUCCAAUAUCCCUCCUCCCGUGAUCUCCAAACUUCCAGCCUUCAUCACUGGGCCACCCUAUUUCUGAUUCAAGUUUAUUGACGAUACUUACAAAAGUCACUUUGAAGGCGUUCUUGGCGAGAAAGCUGUGUGCUUACAGCUUUCUCGACAAAAAUAAAAGGCAUCUGGGGCCAUAUAGUGCGAGGAUUCCCUUUCUUCGAUUCUACACAUUUCUCAUCGCCUGUUGCGGCUAGUGUCCAAUACUGGCAAUAACAAAGGCUUGGCAUCAUUCCAUCCAAUGACGUAGGAGUAAAAGGAAUGGGAAAUGAAAAGCAGAUAAGGAUGUAAAAGCAAGAAAAAUGGGAAAGAAAAAGAAUUUUUGUAUAAUACGACCCCUUGUCACAGCAGCACUUGAGCUUUAUACGAAGAACACAUUGCUACUAAAGGUCAAGGAAGUGUGCAUAGCAUACAUGCUGGUUGCUGGUUUCACUGUUUUCUUAGUGCCAUAAUGGUACCUUGUCAAUUUGCACUGCCGUGUUGUAGCUGAGGAACGUGCAUUAUAGAUACCAUACUUCAUCGGUUUUCUGCACAAGUGACAUGUGCUCGUUGCGACACACAAUGUUGUCAAGUAUGUCUGUGGCAUUGCACAUUGGGUACUCGUUUGCUCAUGGUUGCAAGGCACCACCCUUCAUGAUUUGCUUUUGUUUGAUGUGACCAGGAUGACUGUGCAAGUUUUAGUGCAGCACUGUUGAUGGCAGCUCCACUGUCUACCCAUGAACAAAGCGCACGCACCAUGUAACUGUGCACAAGUUCUGUAUGCGUGUGAACAUUAUAUCUUUUUGCAGUUGACCUUGCAUUGAAAAACAGUACAGUGUGGUUGGCUCAGCAACAUGUAUGUCAAUACAAAAUUGUAAAAAAGAAUUCUACUUAAGUUAUGUAUUUUGGAGAUGUGAAUAAAGUUGUGUGUUAUAAA